AAAUGAAGGUUAAAUAUUCAUAUACUUAAGCUAUAAAUAGGACGAGCUCCAUUACUCGAGAAGACUCCUUCAGCGAAAUCAUGGUUCGUUCAUUGAUAUUCGGUUUUAGUUUUGUUUUCUUGAUUGUUUUAACGGAAGGCAAAACAAUCCCCAAAUACAUUAAAAAAUGUUCUCUGAAAAAUCCAGACGAAUUCAGUAAAUGUGCUGUAGACGCAGCCAAUUCGGCACUUCCACAGAUAGUCCAUGGUGACAAGACAUAUAAGAUUCCAAAUUUGGUGCCUCUGAAAAUAGACUUUAUUGAAUUCAACCCUCCAGGAUUGAAAUUAUCAAUCUCAAAUGCCACUGUAAUUGGAAGUGAAAAUACCAAAGUAAAAUCAAUCAGAUAUGAUAAAACAACAAGGAAAUUCGUAAUGGAUACUCACUUGGAUAAAUUGUCAAUCCAAGGUCGUUAUAAAGUUGAGGGAAAAGUUCUGGUUUUACCAAUUUUGGGAGAAGGAAAAGCAGUUAUCGACUUCCUCGAAGGCGAUUAUCAUUAUUCGUUCGAUCUACAACCAACUAAGAAAAAUGGAAAAGACGUGAACAAAGUGGAAAAUUUCGAACUUAAGACCGAAUUUGGUGGCGUCAAGUUUCAACUGGAAAACUUAUUCAACGGCAAUAAGCAGCUAUCUGAAGAGAUGGAGAAAUUCCUCACCGAAAACUGGAGGGAAGUCAUCAAGGAAUUCGAAGCUUUGAUUGUGACACCUGUUAGAGAAGUUGUGUUUGGUGUUUUCAGUGGUAUAUUGAAUAAUCUAACUGACGGAGAAGUCUUCGAUGAUGCUUAAGUCAAUGUUUCUUAGCUCUGAGUCCAAUCUGUGUAAUAAAAUAUUAUGUAGGUAUUUACUUGAAACCUCUAUUUUGAUAGAUUUAAUUUGAAUUCACAUUUUUCGAUAUUUGUAUAUAUUUCAUGUGAAAAUCAAGAAAUCGAACGAAAUUAUAUAUUCCAAAUGCGCCCAAUCCAACCAUACGGGACAGUAUGAUAUUGUUCAUUUUGAAAAAAAUUGGGCUUUCACUAAUUGUAGAAUUCAAAUAUAAAGAUUAUGUGAUAUAAAUAACCGUCUUCAUCAGGCGAAAGUUUAGCAAUAGCUAUUCUAACAUUUUUACCUUAUUCAUAUAUAAUAUUUCUUAAUAUACUCCAAACAAAAAUUCAAUAGAAUCAAAGUAUCGAAUAAAAAUAUAUUAAGAAAAGGAAAUAUUCCAAAAUGUUCUAUUGUGAGUACUCAUCAAUAUUUCAUGAGUACAUCAUUGUUCGUGAGUACAUAGGUUAAAUUCUAAUAUUUUGUAAAUAAAGGCUUAAUAUUAUUCUAAAAUGAACACAUGGUGAAUUCAAUUGCAGAAUUUCCUUGAUGUAUGCCUGUCUGUACGAAGCAUUCUUGUAGUUCUGACUUGAAACAAUAAAUAAAAGUAAUAAAAAUUCAA